GACAAUGACAACAGCAACAUUCAAACACAUCGACCCCAAAUCCUACGACCCCGACGCAACAGCCCCCUUCCACAAACCCUGGAGCAAAGUCGACGGCCCAGGCUCAUCCUUCGACCUCAUCUCACUUCCCCGCCAUGUCAUCAACCUCCGCCAUCAACACAACCCUGAAUCUACAACAACGGAUACAACAGACUUCACCAUAGACACAGCAGGCUUCUCCUUCCACCAUGCCCCAUCCACCGAAAAAGCCUUCACGGACGAGUCCGCAAUCCGCACAGCCUACUACGCAGAAGUAGAGGCCCUCCUGCGCACCAUCCACCCCGCUAUCAAAAAAGUCGUCCCCUUCGACCAUACCAUCCGUCGCAGAGUGGCCGGGUCCCCGCGCAGUCCGGUCGAAAUGCUCCACGUGGACCAGACGCCCGCUGCGGCGGCGGCGCGUGUGCGUCGACACCUUCCUGCCGACGAAGCCGACGCGGUCCUCAGCAAAACCGACACAAACCACAAAAGCAAGCGCUACCAAAUCAUCAACGUCUGGCGCCCCAUCGAAAACCCAGCCACAGACUACCCCCUCUCCGUCAUCGACUGGCGCACAACCACCCCCAAAGAUUUCGUCCCUGUCGACCUCCUCUACCCCGAAGCCACCCAGUCCGAAACAGACAGCACCGGCAAAGAGGUGCCCCCCGAGCCAGGCUCCGCGACCUCCACAGCGGGGUACGCCGUGCGCGGGGAGAUCUACGUUGUGGCGCCGAACGAGGCGCACCGGUUCUACUACGUGAGUGAUAUGGUGCCGGAGGAGGUUGCGAUCGCGGAUCCACUCACUCACGAUUAA